ACAUUAUCUGCACAGUUUUUUUUUUUGCAGGUUCCCAAGAGAACUUCCUCGAAUCUCCUCGUAUUUCAUUAUUUUCAUAUAUCUUUUGUUAGAAACUUUUCUUGGAGCUAGACUGAGACAAACAAAAAUUAGAGUUUCAAAUCUUAUAGAUUUUGGAUUGCCAUCUUAUCUAUCUUCCUCCUCAAAGUCAGAGUUUUAACGAUGAAGUAUUGAUUCAAUUCUUUCAUUAGAUAAAAUUGAAUUUCAAUGGAAACCUACUUGUAUCCUGUAAUGGCGGAUUGAAUCAUCUCCGAGCAAGUGUUUUGUGACAUGGUUACUGUUUCUAAGCUGUUGAACCUCACUAUACUUGUUCCCGAGCUUGACAACACAUCUUUCUUGGCUCAUCCAAGGUUUUGUGUGCUGUCACCAACUCUCUUUCAUGAAUCUUUUCUGAGAGAAGAGAAGCUCGAGCAUGGGGGCUCUUGCUCAGGUUGUUUCUUGGAUUCCCGAAGACGAUCUGCUUCUGAAGAACGCCAUAGAGGCUGGUGCAUCUUUGGAAGCACUUGCUAAAGGCGCUGUGCAGUUUUCUAGAAGAUUUUCUAUCAGAGAACUGCAAGAUCGAUGGCAUGCACUCCUAUACGAUCCAGUAGUUUCUGCAGAGGCAGCUAUUCGGAUGGCUGAGCUUGAACGUACUACUAACCCUCCUUUUCCCACAAAGUUUGCUAGAACUGGAUCGAAAGAAAACAAAGGCUUUUCUAGGAAGAGAAAGACUGAACAGCUCAGAAGCUCUUAUCAUUCCUUGCGGAAGAAAUUUCAGACUGAGUCGUUUAGUUCCUUGGAUCUAGGAUUCCUUGGCUCAGCAAAUGACAGCCAUUUCAUGGAUAAUAAUGGUGAUGCAACACAUCUUGGCCUCGAAGACUCUCACAUGGACAUUAUCCACAAUGCCUUCCCAGAUAUCUUGGCUGAUCAUGUUGUGUCAGAAGAUCAUUUACAGGGAGACAUCUCCUACGUAGGAGGAGAUCUCACCUUCACUGAACAAGCAGGUCCUUCGGACUGUGAUGCUGUUCAUCAAGAUUCCAAGCAGAAACUAGAGAUUCCUGCUAAUGAGCCGAAAGCCACUAUGGCUAGCACUGAUCGUUUCCUUGCACAGCUUUCAACUUCUCUUUUUGAAGAAGAAGAAACGCUCAUGGAAGUAGAUGGCAAAGAAGUUGACAAGUCGUAUUAUGAUGGUCUAAGCUCACUGUUGGUGAAUCCUAUAAAUGAUACAAAUAGCAGAGCUUUGCCUAUUAAUACCGGACAAGAUCCUUCCAGCUCACAAGCUCAUCCAGUAAAUAUUCAUGUGAUGCCUGACCUAUUUGGUACAAAUGCAGUGAGGUCAGUGGAGUGCAAACCUGUGUCUGACUCAGCUGCCCUUGAUCCUCAUCCUGAGGUUGUUGGUGGUGUAAUCUGCUGUUUAUUAAACCAAGAGGAUCCCGAUAUUCCAUGUAAUGAUGACAUUCUUCUCUCCAACACCUGCCAUCCAAUGUCAGUUUCUUCGUUAGCCCGGCGGAACUUUAAAGAUACAAAUAAUCCAGUAACUUCAUCUGCUAGAGAUCUCUCUGCCACUAGGGACGGACAUACACAAAAGAAAACACCAGGACGUUUGCAAGUGUCUUCUAAAGGAAAGCCAGAGAUUGGUCAAUCAAGUCAAGGUGAGUCAUAUAAGAUUGUUCCUUCUACUGGUUCUGCACAGGGAUGCUCAGACACUAUGGUUUCUGAUGGUGCUGGUGCAAAAGAUGGAAACAAAGAGAUGGCCGGUGGAAAACGAAUCGUCGGAUUUGAUGGACAUGGAAGCUACACCGAGAAGGAGAGUGGAGACAGUAAAGAGGAAAAAUGUGUAAUACCUAUAAAUGAAAUUGUACAAGCAAAAGAUGCUGUUGUUGGCUUGAUAGAGAUUCCAGACCCUGAGCUGGAGAUCACUCAAACAGAAGCAGGUGAUCAUGAUUUUGAGAGUGACGAGGACUUGCCGAACUAUUCUGACAUUGAGGCUAUGAUUCUUGACAUGGACUUGGAUCCUGAUGACCAAGAUAAUUUUGAUCUUGAAGUCUACAAGUAUCAGAGCCAAGAGAUGAAAAGAAGAAUUAUAAGACUUGAACAGGCUGCUUAUUCAUAUAUGCAAAGAGCCAUUGCUUCCCGGGGUGCAGUAGCUGUUUUAUAUGGUAGAUACUCAAAACACUACAUCAAGAAACCUGAGGUUUUGGUGGGUAGUUCAACAGAAGAUCUCGCGGUGGACAUUGAUCUGGGAAGAGAAAAGCGUGGCAGCAAAAUAUCUCGACGCCAGGCGAUCAUACGGUUGGGUGAUGAUGGGUCGUUUCAUAUAAAGAACCUGGGGAAGUAUUCAAUUUCAGUUAAUGAGAAGGAAGUAGAUCCAGGACAGAGUUUAGUCCUCAAAUCUGAUUGUCUGCUUGAGAUACGGAGAAUGCCUUUUAUAUUCGAUACAAACCAAAGCCGCAUGAAAGAGUACAUGAAGAGAACAGGGAAAGGGAACUGAGACCAGAACUAGAAUGAGUGUUCUUUCUGUAUUCUCUUUUGAAGAAGUUGAAUGAUGUCUCUCUUGUAGUCUUGUGUAAUGUUGUUGCCUUAACCACAGGAACAUGUUUUGUAGAUCUCUUAUUACAUCUUUUAGUUCCGCAACAUGCGUAGUUGACCCAGUUUUUAAUCUUUUAAGACCACUAGAAGGUUUUCCGGGCUACGCCCGGAUUACUUUCCUAUAAUGUCACUUAAUUGAACUUAA